AUGAGAAAGAAGCCCUCUAUACCAACAAAAGUAGGAACAUUAAGCAUCAAUCUGCUGGUGGGUCUAAGAAGAAAAGUUUUUAGAGAGAUUAAAAUUUUCGCUCAAAGGGAGUUCCGAAGAAUCAAAAGAACUUUAAAAGAUUCGAAGGGAAGUGUUACAAUUGUGGAAAGAAGGAUUAUAUGGAAAAAGGAUUGUUGGUUCAAGAAACAGCCUGUGGAAAGUAACGCUGCGACCUCAAAUACAAAGAAGAAUAGUGAAGAUGUUUGGGAUGCUGAAGCCUUUUUUGCUAUUGAAGAGGAGGAUUUACCACUUACAACAACAAUAUCUAAAUCAAUUGAUCAUGAGAAUGACUGGAUCGUUGAUUCGGGUUGUGCAAAUCAUAUGACAGGUGAUAAGCAAAAGUUGCAGAACCCGUCAGUGUACAAGGGUAGUCGGGUUGUGGUGACAGCCAAUGAUUCAAGAUUACCAAUAACUCAUAUUGGUAAGACGACCGUUUCUCUUCAACAUGGGACCAACCAGAUGUCACUUCAAAAUGUCUAUCAUGUUCCCGGUAUGAUGAAAAACUUGCUUUCAGUGUCACAAUUAACAACAUGUGGAAACUAUGUUCUAUUUGGUCCCGAUGAUGUGAGGAUAUAUCAGGAUCUCAAGAACCUAGAAAAUCCAAUUAUGAAAUGGAGGAGAUUAGAAUCAGUGUAUGUGAUGUUUGCAGAGUCUGCAUAG